UGGCGAGCGCCUGCCUCUUCCACCUUCACACUGACACGUCCACACUCCACACCACCCCACCGCACUCCACUGCCAACUCCAGUUCUCCAGCUCGUAACCGAGUGGGAAAACCGGCCGGCGUGGACGCGCGCUGAGAGCGAGCGAGCAAGGACGACCGAUGGAGGCGAGCUCCGUGCCCACGGCGGCGGCGGUGGUGCUGCUGCUCUUGGCGGUGGCGGCGGCGACAGUGAGGGGCCAGGCGCUGGUGCCCGGCGUGAUGAUCUUCGGCGACUCGGUGGUGGACGCCGGCAACAACAACCGGCUGGCCACGCUGGUGCGCGCCGACUUCCCGCCCUACGGCCGCGACUUCCCGGCGACGCACGCGCCGACCGGGCGGUUCUGCAACGGCAAGCUCGCCAUGGACUACACCGUUGAGAGCCUGGGGCUGAGCUCGUACCCGCCGGCGUACCUGAGCCAGGAGGCACAGAGCAACAACAAGAGCCUCCUGAACGGCGCCAACUUCGCCUCCGGCGCCGCCGGGUACCUCGACGCCACCGCCGCCCUCUACGGCGCGAUCUCGCUGAGCCGCCAGGCGGAGUACUUCCGGGAGUACCAGUCGCGGGUGGCGGCGUCGGCGGGGGAGCAGCGGGCCAAGUCGCUGACGUCGGGGUCCAUCUACGUGGUGAGCGCCGGCACCAGCGACUACAUGCAGAACUACUACGUGAACCCGGUGCUGGGCGCCGCCUACACCUCCGACCAGUUCGCCGACGCGCUCAUGCAGCCCUUCACCGCCUUCGUCGAGGGCCUGUACAGCCUGGGCGCCCGCCGGAUCGGCGUGACGUCGCUGCCGCCGAUGGGGUGCCUCCCGGGAGCCGUCACCCUGUUCGGCGGCGGGAGCACAGGCUGCGUGGAGCGCCUCAACAACGACUCCCUGACCUUCAACCGGAAGUUGGACUCGGCCGCGGACGCCGUGAAGCGGCAACGCCCGGACCUCAAGCUCAUCGUCUUCGACAUCUACCAGCCGCUCCUCGACCUCGUCAACAACCCCACCAGCGCCGGGUUCUUCGAGUCGCGGCGGGCGUGCUGCGGGACGGGCACCAUCGAGACGUCGGUGCUGUGCCACCAGGGCGCCCCGGGGACGUGCACCAACGCCACGGGCUACGUCUUCUGGGACGGCUUCCACCCCACGGACGCCGCCAACCGGGUGCUCGCCGACGCGCUGCUCCUGCAGGGCCUGCAGCUCAUCGCGUGAGCGACGCACGCAGCCCCGCCGCGCCUCCGGGAAACACACUCCAAUUCCCCUUCCUGCCGCCGUACCCGAUCCAUGUACCUUGCUUUUCUGUCGUUCUGCGCUGCUACUGCUAGCUUGUGCUUUGUUUGUUUGCUUGCUGCCUGUCCAUGAUCUCCUGUAGUUGUGUUCUGCUUUAGGAACAGUUGGACUGGUGUGUAAGAGUGCCGCUCGGUAUAAUUUCUAUCUUCGCCGUCUUCCCAAUCUGGAA